AUGAGCUCAAGGAUAGAGAACGUGAAUGCCGUGACAACCAGGAGUGGGAGAGUGUUGAAUCCAGCUGCACCACAAGGGGAAAAUCUUGAACUAGCCAUUGAUCUGCAAGAGACUAAGCCUGAAGAGGUGAGAGAGUCUGCAAAAGAGGACACUGCAAAGGAAUCAUUGCCUGCUUGUGUCUAUGCUCCAAGGGUUCCAUACUCUACCCGCCCUAAGAAGUCAUGGAAGGAUUUAAAAGACGCGAAAUGUAAGGAGAUGUUGGAUGGGCUUACAGUGAAGCUUAGUCUUGUUAAUGCAAUCCAGAUGAUUCCUUCAAUGAAGAGAUAUGUGAAAGGCUUGGUGACAAAUGAUGGACUCAAGCCAGUCAAUGGGGAAGAUGGUUACUUAUACGAGUUUGGAUGGAGCUGUAGAGAGUCCUCUAGUAGCAGCUUUUCCUGCGCCAUUUGCUAA